AUGAGUUCUAAAAUCAAGAACCUCUAUUUAACAUUGCGUCUGCGUUUAGAAGAACUCAGAGUAGUGACGAUAAAGACUUGCUAGAUUGGAAUCAAUAUUUUACUGUUUGCAUCUCUGCGAGGUGAUCAAAAAGCAAAAAAUCAAAAUUCACUCCAACAAUAUGGUCUUACUUCUCAAAAAUAAUUACAAUAAGCUUAACAAAUCUCAUCUUCGCUUUAUAAUCACAACUUUGGCAGUUUUUACCCUGAAUUUAUAAGAGCCUCAAUUACUUUAUAUUUGGUUGGCUUGGUGAUUAAUUUACUUCAUACUGAAAUCUUGAAUGUAAUUAACAAAAAGUUCGUGUUGCAAAAAUGUGUUGGAACUAUAGUCAUAGUGUUCCUCCAUAUCUUGGACUUAAUGAUCAUUAAUGAUUACCUAAUAUUAAAUUCGGAAUACAGUAAUCUAACUUAAGCUGUAUCAGAUAUCUAUGUAGAUUCAGUCAGAAAACAGAAGGAUAUGAUUUAAUUGUUUGAAGCAGUGAUCAGAUAAUUGGUUAACAUUAAUAGAUUUCUUUCAGUAUUUUUCUAGGCAUCAGCCCUUUGGGGAGAAGGAAUAAGAAAAUUGAUAAAGAAUAAGAAAAAGACUUGGGGAACAACUGAUUCUCAACUAUCAUCUCCUUAGCCCCAAGAGAAGACUUAAUUAAAUCAAGUGCCACCAGUUAACGGGAUGAAUAAUAAAAUGAAAGGUUAAAAAAAGGAAGUAGUUUAGCAUUCUGGAAAGAAAAAGAAAUCCCAACCACAAUAAUAAAUAGAAAAAUCUACUGAAGAAAGAGGAUAAUCAAUUGAAAAGAAGAAGAAGAAACUUCUGGAUAAAAAGCCAUAAAAAAUGUCACCAAAAGAAUAUGAAUAACAAAUUGAAACUAAAAUAGAUGAAUCAUAAUAAUUAAUACUGUCUAAGCAGGUUUCAUUAAUGCAGAAAGAUGAAUAGAACACUUCAACUUAGGCAGGUUCAAAUGGAACCAAAUCCUUGUUUGAUCAUAAAAUCAAAUCCAAUAGAAGUGAAUCAUUUCCAACCAAAUUGAACUAAUAUAUUGAAAUACCAUAGAAAUAUUAGAGAUAUUCCUCUUAAAGUUAAAAGAAACAAAUAGACCAAAAAAAGUAAAUAAGACCAUUAUAUGAUAAACUUUAUAAAUUCAAUUUACAAACUAAUGUCGACAAAUAUGAAAUCAAGGUACAUAGUAUAAUUGAAAUGAAUAAUUCAAUCAAUAGAAUUGCAUAAGAAAAUUCUUGGAAUUCAUUCUUAACAAUUAAUGUAAAGUUAAAUUAUUGGAAAGAAGCUUAUCAAUAAAUGUAAACUUAAGAAAUUAAGGAGGAAUUAUAAAAAGUAAUAGCGUAAUAUGCAUUAUAUUUAAUGAAUUAGCAUGCUUAAAAUUAAGAAAUAGUGGAAUGAGAAUUAUUAUUUAUAUGUGAUAAUGUCAUUAAGUUUAUUUCAAUUAA